AUGAGUGAGUCUGAACCACUGUCGUUUGCGUCCGUUGAAGAGGAGCGGGACUACUGGAGGGAACUGUGUGCCAAGCACCAACAGAGGGCGGAGGAGGCUCAGGAGGAGCUGCAGGAGUUCCAGCAGAUGAGUCGGGACUAUGAGGUGGAGCUUGAGACAGAACUUAAACAGUGCGAGACCCGGAAUCGUGAACUCCUCACCGCAAACAAUCGGUUACGCAUGGAGCUGGAAAACUAUAAGGAGAAAUAUGAAGCUCAGCACUCUGAAAGUCAAAGACAGAUCUCCACCCUGGAGGGAGACCUGGUGGAGACCACGGCCAUUAAAGACCAGCUGCAGAAGUACAUCCGUGAGCUGGAGCAGACCAACGAUGACCUGGAGAGAGCCAAACGGGCCACCAUUAUGUCGUUGGAGGACUUUGAACAGAGGAUGAAUCAUGUCAUUGAGAGGAAUGCCUUUUUGGAAAGUGAACUGGAUGAGAAAGAGAAUUUACUGGAAUCUGUGCAGAGGCUUAAGGAUGAGGCCAGAGACCUGAGACAGGAACUGGCCGUACAGCAGAAACAAGAGCGUCGGCCGUCUCACAACCUCAACGAAGAGAAGGAGAAGACUGGAGGGACGCCAUCUCGUUCCUCCUCCACCUCCUCUGCUGCUCCCUCCGUCCUACCCUCCCUUCUCACUACACCUCCAAGACCUCCAGGCUUUGGGACAGCUUUCAGCACCCCCCCAGCCUCCUAUAGUAGAGGUGAUGUGCUCAGUGCAACUCCACUCACCACGUCUGCACGGAUAUCUGCACUUAACAUCGUUGGGGAACUGCUGAGGAAAGUGGGGAACCUGGAGUCCAAACUGGCAUCGUGUCGGGAAUUGCACAUUCACGAGAAGACGCCAAGUCGAGCUGGCCUUACGUCAGGCCAGGGAACGCCAGCUGCCCAGCGCGACGGCUCAGAAAACUCCUCCACCACCAACGGCGUCUAUGACAAGGGGAUGGUGAAACGGUUGGAUUUUGGGCCUGGACCAAAGAUUCUUCUGUGAGCGGCGCAUUGACC